AUGUCAUCAGUGGAAGUGGCAAAUUCAAACCAUGCUGUCGAGCAAAUUGUCACGAGUGUGGCCCAAAAGGUUUUCUCGGUCAGGUCCCUUGCGGAGCCUAAUGAGAAAAUCACCUCACUUUCGGCACAAAACGAUCCGGUGGGCGAGGUAGCGGCAUACCUCGAUGAGUUUCCUCUCGAGGACGGCGAAACUGCGGCUCUUCUCACUCCAGUUUCUGGACUGUUCAAUGGCCUCACCAGCUUUGGCGCUCUUUCCGCAAAGCCUGUAGUCUUCCACACAGUCGUUGGCACAGAUUACGGCUACAUUUCUGCUUUGCGCCACUCUGGAUUUGUCUUUUUGCAAAGUUUCGGUCCUGAAGAUGCUCAGGAUACUGCCUUGGCCGCCCAUUUGGUCGCUCGGCUCUUGGGCAAGCCAGUGGUCCAUUUUUACGAAAAUGUAGAGCGUGCAGUACCAAUCCGCUGGUCUCCUGAAGCCAUAGGUGCCUCUCUUGCCGCAAUUGCUACAUCUGAUGUCGACCCUGAAACCAGCGAGGACCCAAAGGAGCCGGUACUGGAGACACCCUCCACCGCCAUCGGAAAGGCUCUCUCCGUUGCGGGGCUCGCGGCAUAUGAAUACCGCGGUGAUGCCAACGCAAAGAAUGCUCUGGUUGUUCUUGGAAGUACCCAGGCUUUAGCCGAAGCGGUUGCUAAUACCUCCCAGGUUGGUGCCCUUUAUAUCCGCGUUUAUCAGCCGUUCGACGCCGCACAGCUUCUUGCAGAAUUGCCCAAAUCAGUCUCUAGGUUGGCCCUUUGUGAGCAGAUUGCAAACCCCACUACUGCUUUUCUUCCAAUCGCACAGGAUAUCCUUACUGCACCCGCAACGUCGUUGGCUGCUUUCGACCAUAUCGCUACUUUCCGUCUUGGUGCGGUCCCUGCACUUUCUGAUAUCAUCGGCAACCUCGAGGCUGGUAAUUCUGAACAGGGCCUGUUGAUUGGCUCUCCUCUUGGCCAGACUACCGAAAGUGACAACUCCUCUUCCGUCGCUGCUGCUAUCGCCUCCGAGACUGCUUAUUUCAAAGUUUUGAAACAGCUCUUCCCCAACGUCGAUUUGCUUAAUAUGACAAAAGAAGCUACCACUGGCCUGGAUACCGUUCCAGAGUAUGGCUUUGGUGCUUUCCUCGCGUCGGAGAAAGAGCACGCCGAAGUCAAACAUAAGCUUCUAGCCGACGCCAAAGCUGGAAAGUUCAGCCAGGAAAUUGUAUCCUCUAUCUCUAAAUGGGCUUUGGGUGAUAACAGUGUUGCUGUGAUUGAACCUCUUCAAAACUCUGCUGAGCUGGCCGAGUACAAGAGCCAGAUUACUCCUGCCACCCCUUGGCUGGUGGGUAGCGAUACCUGGUCCUACGAUUUCGGUACUUCUGGUGUUCAUCAUGUUUUGGCAUCCAGAAAAAACAUCAACAUGCUUGUCAUCGAUUCAAAACCUCAGUCCGCAGUUAUUACGUCGCGUCAACGCAAGAAGGACAUCGGCCUUUAUGCUAUGAGCUUUGGCAACGUCUACGUCGCUUCUGUUGCUAUUUACGCAUCUUACACACAACUCCUCCAGGCUUUCUUGGAAGCAGCCUCUUUCAAUGGUCCAUCUAUUGUUGUUGCAUAUCUGCCUCAUGAGGGAAAGACGGAUCCUUUGGCAGUUCUUAAAGAGACUAAGCGUGCUGUCGAUACUGGAUACUGGCCAUUGUAUCGAUAUGAUCCUCGCAACGACACUGAUGCUUUUAAGCUUGACUCUUUCACAAUUCGCAAGAAUCUUGAGGACUUUUUGGCUCGUGAGAAUAAGCUUACCUUACUUGCCAACAAGACGCCCCAGAUUGCUCGUGAUUUGCAAGCCAGUUAUAGUGCCAAUGUCCGCCGUGAGCAACUGAAAAGCGCACGUGAGGCUUAUGAUAAGCUUCUUGCUGGUUUGAGUGGUCCACCCGUACUUGUUUUGUUCGCUUCGGACGGUGGUCAGGCUGAGAUGGUUGGUCGUCGUCUGGCUCGCCGUGCUAAGGGCCGUGGCCUCAAGGCUAGCGUCGCUGCUUUCGACGAUAUCGAGGCUGAUGAUCUUGCCAAGGAGACCAAUGUUGUUUUCAUCACUUCCACUGCUGGUCAGGGUGAGUUCCCUCAAAACGGUCGUGAACUUUGGGAGCAGCUCAAGGGCGGCAGUGAUUUGGACCUUUCAAACGUGAAGGUAGGCGUUUUUGGUAUGGGUGACAGUCAGUACUGGCCCCGCAAAGAAGACAAACUCUACUAUAACAAGCCCUCGCAUGAUCUUUGGAAUCGCUUAACCAAAAUGUUGGGUGCCCAAGAGCUGGUUGAGCUUGGUCAGGGUGAUGACCAGGAUGCCGAUGGAUGGGCAACUGGCUAUAAUGAUUGGGAGGCCAAGCUCUGGGAGGCUCUUGGUGUCGCUAAUGUGCAAGGUGAAGAUGAGCCUGCUCCGCGCACAAACGAGGAUAUUAAGCUUGGAUCCAAUUAUCUUCGCGGUACCAUCGCCGAGGGUCUUAAGGACAAGUCUACUGGAGCUAUCAGCGCUGAUGAUCAGCAAUUAACCAAAUUCCAUGGUAUCUACAUGCAGGAUGAUCGUGACGUUCGUGAUGAGCGCAAGGCCCGUGGCCUGGAGCCUGCAUACUCUUUCAUGGUUCGUGUACGUUUACCUGGCUGUGUCGCCACUCCUGAACAGUGGCUCAAGAUUGACGAGCUCUCUGAUUCUCGUGGCAAUGGUACUUUCAAGAUCACCACCCGUGGUACUUUCCAGCUUCAUGGCGUCAUUAAGGAGGAUCUCAAGCCAGCUAUUCGAGGCAUGAAUGCUGUUCUUAUGGAUACCGUCGCUGCUUGCGGUGAUGUAGACCGCAAUGUUGUUGCUGCUGCUACUCCUCAUAACGCUGCUGUCCAUCGCCAGGUCUAUGAAGUUUGUAAUGAGAUCUCCGAACAUUUAUUGCCUCGCACCACCGCUUACUACGAGAUUUGGCUCGAGGGUGAAGAUGCCUCUGAUGGACCAGGCUUUGCAGAGGCCUGGGAUAACCGCAAGGACGGCUGUACCAAGAAGCCCAAGAAGCAGUUGGUUAGCCAAAGUGCCAUAGAGGACGUUGAGCCUCUCUACGGCAAUGUUUAUCUCCCGCGGAAGUUCAAGAUCAAUGUUGCUGUUCCCCCAUACAACGAUGUCGAUGUUUACGGCCAUGAUAUCGGCCUCAUUGCCAUUGUUGAUAAUGAUGAUAAGACUGUCACCGGCUUCAACGUUCUGGUUGGUGGUGGCAUGGGUACUACUCACAACAACAAGAAAACUUACCCCCGUACUGGUUCGCUCAUUGGCUACGCUUCCCGCGAAAAGAUCACGGAAGUCUGUGAGAAGGUCAUGCUUGUUCAGCGUGAUAACGGUGACCGUACAAACCGAAAGCAUGCUCGCCUAAAGUACACUGUUGAUGAUAUGACACCUGAGGGUUUCAAAGCCGAGGUCGAGAAGUACUUGGGUUACCCUCUGGAGCCUGCUCGUCAACACCCUACUUUCAAGACCAAUGUAGAUACCUACGGUUGGGUUCGUGAUGAGGAGGGCUUCAAUCACUUUACUACCUUUGUUGAGAACGGGCGUGUUGAAGAUACUCCUGAACUGCAGUUCCGGGCUGGUUUCCGCGAGAUUGCCAAGGUUAUGCAGGGUUCCAAGGCUGAAUUCCGCCUCACUGCUAACCAGCACAUCCUUGUUGCCAACAUCUCUGAUGAGCAAAAACCCAUCAUUGAUAAACUGCUUGUGAAAUACAAGCUCGACAAUCUGGCAUUCAGUGGUCUCCGUCUUUCUUCUGCUGCUUGUGUUGCGUUCCCCACUUGUGGGUUGGCUAUGGCUGAAAGUGAGCGUUACCUUCCGGUUCUUGUUACCAAGCUUGAGUCCGCUCUGGAAGAGUAUGGUCUUCGUCAUGAUUCUGUCACAAUGCGCAUGACUGGUUGCCCUAAUGGUUGUGCUCGUCCUUGGUUGGCUGAGGUUGCUUUGGUCGGAAAGGCUUAUGGUGCCUACAACUUGUAUCUGGGAGGUGGCCACGUCGGUGAACGUUUGAACAAGCUCUACCGCUCGUCUUUGAAGGAGGAGGAAAUUCUUGAAACUCUUUUGCCUUUGUUCAAGUCUUGGUCGUUGGAGCGCAAAGAUAGCGAACCAUUCGGUGACUUUGUUAUUCGUAAGGGUGUCAUCUCUGCCACUCGCGAGGGCAAAGACUGGUGGGAGAAUGUUGAGCCUGGUUUGGAGUAA